AUGGGCUUGCCUCAUAUCCAUAUCAUCGACUGGAACUCCAUGAAGACAUUAUCAUCAAUACGUCGAUGUCAUAACCCUACACAUAAUUUUAUUUUUGCAGAAGAUGAAGAGUUUGAACCAUCACUACCAAGUUUGAAAAAUGAGCAGCCAAUAGGCAUGUGGGAUGAUGAAGAUGCAGAAGAUGAAGAUGUCAAGGAGUCUUGGGAAGAUGAAGAACCUAAACAGCCACCCAAACAAGUUCCGAAGGAGGAAAAGACCACAGUGAAGCCUGCUUCCAAAGCUCCAGUGAAGAAAGCAAAGCAACCUGAAUCAAAGGCAGCACAAAUAGCUGAUGAAGUUCUUGCAGAUUCUGUUGCUGAGAAGCUUCGCCAACAAAGACUUGUAGAGGAAGCUGAUUACAAGGCAACGGCAGAACUAUUUGCUAAGAAAGGUGAUGAAAAAUCUCUGGAUAAUUUUAUUCCAAAAUCAGAAAGUGAUUUCUUGGAGUAUGCUGAGCUCCUCUCUCAUACGAUUCGUCUGUAUGAGAAAAGCUUUCACUAUAUAGGCCUUCUUAAAGCUGUUACCAGGCUUUCUAUGACUUCACUAAAAGCAGCAGAUGUUAAAGAUAUAGCUUCCUCAGUUACCGCAAUUGCAAAUGAAAAACUCAAAGCAGAGAAAGAGGCUAAUGCUGGGAAAAAGAAGCAAGGGGGCAAGAAAAAACAGCUUCAUGUGGAUAAACCUGAUGAUGAUAUUGUUACGGGCCGUUAUGAUGAUGUAGAUGAUUAUGACUUCAUGUGAGAAGGAAAAUAGGUUCUCGCUGUGUGUUAUUUGGUGCUGUUGGUUUGGCAUGACUUCAAGGGCGCCAAUUAUUUGCAGCCUGGAUGGCUGAUCAUGGUCGGUUGUCGUUGAAAUUUUUGUGGUUAUCCUGAUUUUUUCUAUUGAACUCGUAUUUAAAUGUCGGAUGAUUAUGCCCUGAGGGUUAGUGUCUAGUUUUCUUGUAGCCCUUGGGCAUUCCAUUAUGUAGCUUGUUGAGAUGUAGGGUUCCGUGGUGUUAAGCUGGUGAGGGGGGUAUGGCCCAACUUGGGUCUUUUGAUGGCUGGCAAAUUUUUUGGGGGUUGGAUAUCAUGUUGAUUUAACAGUAAAGAGGAUUUUUGGGGACA